UUGAGUUUUAUAACACAGAGAGAGGUAGAAGCAAGGUUUCUUCUGGGGCUAUAGCAGCAGCAGCAGCAGCAGCUAGGGCAUCAUCUUGUGAAGAAGAAGAAUCAUGGAGGGUGCAGAAGAAGGAGUGGAGAUGAUGCUGGAUUCCAAGGACAUGCAGCAGCAGAGCAAAGCCUUCGACAAGCUCACUGACCGCGUCGAGGAUCGCCAGCUCGAUUCCACUCGCGUCCAAGAGGCCAUGGCUUCCAUUGCUGCAUCUGCUGAAGCUGAUUGGAACGCCAUGCGAAUGAGGGAGAAAGAAUUAGCUGCUGUUAAGAUAAAUGCAGCAGAUGUUGAUAUAAUCGCAAAUGAACUUGAGUUGGACAAAAAGGUGGCUGAAAGAACCUUGCGUGAGCAUAAAGGUGAUGCAGUUGCUGCCAUCAGGCACUUGCUUCGCUAGAGGGGUAGGAAUGAACAAGGAUUAGUGUUUCAGAAGAUUAUACGUGUCAGGUUUUUUUGUUUUGCAAAACUUGAACCUCAAAUGUAUACUAUGGACCUAAUCACUUAAUUCAUUCCGAAAUAUGAACUGUGUUGUUAACA